AGGGGGUCUUUCAGGGGUUCAGGGACAUUGUAAAAGAGAUCACAGAUAAUCAUGUGGUGUUUUGUGUGAUGAAUUAGUUGUAUAGAAUCUUCACGCACGAGCAGCAUCUUCAUUGCCGUGACUACUGGGGCACUGUUCACACUGCAUACCCGGGGUCAUCCUGGGAUCGGCACUUCCCACACUCCAUAGAGGCGGACUGGUACAAGAAGUGAAACCCUGUAACUUCAGACUCCGUGAGAGCUGCAGGACGCGUCCACAUCGUCCACUGACGAUGCUGCUGCUGGAAAUGUCGCCCGCGGUCCUCUUCAUAACGACUUUGGCGCUGUGCUGCUCCGUCAGGGCGCAGCAGCAGCUGCCCGAGUUCCCGGAUGUGUGCACGGAGGGCAGCUGCUAUCCGGCCACAGGUGACCUGCUGAUCGGCCGCGCGCACAAGCUCUCCGUCUCCUCCACCUGCGGCGCGGAGCGUCCGGAGCGCUUCUGCAUCGUCGGGCAUCUGGAGGAGGAGAAGAAAUGCUUCGUGUGCGACUCGCGGCGCGUCUUCGACGAGGACAGCAACCAAGGCAGCCACGCCAUCGACAACCUGGUCACCACCUUCGCCCACAACCGGCUGAAGACCUGGUGGCAGUCGGAGAACGGUGUGGAGAACGUGACGAUCCAGCUGGACCUGGAGGCCGAGUUUCACUUCACGCACCUUAUCAUGACCUUCAAGACGUUCCGGCCGGCCGCCAUGGUGAUCGAGCGCUCCAUGGACUUCGGGACAACGUGGCAGGUUUAUCGCUACUUCGCCCACGACUGCGAGGCCUCCUUCCCCGGCGUGCCCUCCGGGCCGAUGGCCAAGGUCAACGAAAUCAUCUGCGACUCCCGUUACUCCGACAUCGAACCGUCCACGGAGGGAGAGGUGAUAUUUCGGGUGCUGGACCCCGUCUUUGAGAUUGAAGACCCCUACAGCCUGAAGAUACAGAACAUGCUGAAGAUCACGAACCUGCGGGUGAAGUUCCUGAAGCUCCACACGUUGGGCGACAACCUGCUCGACUACCGCGAGGAGGUGACGGAGAAGUACUACUACGCCCUCUACGACAUGGUCGUCCGCGGCAACUGCUUCUGCUACGGCCACGCCUCCGAGUGCGCCCCGAUCGACCACGGAACACCGGCCGCCAUCGAGGGAAUGGUCCAUGGCCGCUGUGUGUGUAAUCACAACACCGAGGGACUAAACUGUGAGCGCUGUCAGGACUUCUACCAGGAGUUGCCGUGGAGACCAGCGGAGGGCCGAAACAGCCACGCCUGCAAGAGGUGCGAGUGCAACCGGCACGCCGCGUCGUGCCACUUCGACCCGGCCGUGUACGCCACCACCGGCGGCGCCAGCGGAGGCGUGUGCGACGACUGCCGCCACAACACGGCGGGGCGCCAGUGCGAGCAGUGCGCGCCCUUCUACUACAAGCACCCGAACCGCGACCUCAGGGACCCCAACGUCUGCCAGCCGUGUGACUGUGACCCGGCCGGCUCUCUGCAGGGCGGGCUGUGCGACCCGCGCACCGACGUGGCCGCCGGGCUGAUCUCGGGCCAGUGCCGCUGCAAGGCCAACGUGGAGGGCGAGCGCUGCGACCACUGCAGACAGGGCCACCACGGCCUGGGGGCGGAGCCUCACGGCUGCCUGCCUUGUACCUGCAACCCGCUGGGCACGCUGCCCGGAGGAAACCCCUGCGACCCGGACGCCGGAAGCUGCUUCUGCAAGCGACUCGUCGGCGGACACAACUGUGACGCGUGUCUGCCGCAGCACUGGGGUCUGUCCAACGACAUGGACGGCUGCAGGCCGUGUGACUGCGACCACGGCGGGGCCGUCCACGACGACUGUGACCCCCGCUCGGGUCAGUGUGCGUGCAGGGAGCACAUGCACGGGAGGCGCUGCGAUCGAGUCCAGUCCGGCUUCUACUCCGUCUCCCUGGACCACUACACCUACGAAGCCGAGGACGCCGCGCACGGCCCCGGCGUGACGGUGGUGCCGAGGCCCCGCCCUCUGGACCGCAGCCCCACGUGGACCGGCCCGGGCUUCGUCAACGUCCCGGAAGGAGCCUACCUGGAGUUCACCGUGGACAACGUCCCCGAGUCCAUGGACUACGACGUCCUGAUCCGCUACGAGCCGCAGCUGCCCGAGCAGUGGGAGCAGGUGGACGUCCGGGUGCAGCGUCCCGCCUCCACCCCCCAGGAACACGCCCCUUUCUGCGGCGGCCGCGAAGACCAGGACGACCAGUCCGUCUCCCUCCCGCCUGGAUCCAGGCACGUGUCGCUGGGGAGGCCGGUGUGCUUGGAGAGAGGACUGAACUACACCAUCCGUCUCACUCUGCCGCUGUACUCGUCAGCCGGCGACGUCCAGAGCCCGUACACGCUCAUCGACUCGUUGGUGCUGAUACCCUCGGUGAGGGAGCUGAACAUGUUCCACGGGCUGGACGGGGACGAAGCGUGGGACACGUUCCAGCGCUACCGCUGUCUGGAGAGCAGCCAGAGCGUCAUCAAGAGCCCUCUGACCGACAUCUGCAACGACUACAUCUUCAGCGUCUCCGCCCUGCUGCACAAAGGCGCCGUGGAAUGCCGCUGUGACCCCCAGGGUUCGCUCAGCGCCGUGUGCGAGGCCAGCGGCGGCCAGUGCCGGUGUCGACCCAACGUCGCGGGCAGGAACUGCGACCGCUGUGCGCCCGCCACGUUCCUCUUCGGCCCCGCCGGCUGCAGACCCUGCGGCUGUGACCCCCUGGGCUCCGUCGGCGCCUUUUGCCACGAGGCGACGGGCCAGUGCGAGUGCGCGCCGGGCGCCGCGGGGCGCCACUGUUCCCACUGCCUGCCGGGCUUCUGGGGCUUCCCCCAGUGCCGAGCGUGCCAGUGCAACGGCCACAGCGAGUACUGCCACCCUCAGAGCGGCGAGUGUCAGGGCUGCAGAGACUUCACCGCCGGACGCCACUGCGCGAGGUGUCUGGCCGGUUACCACGGUGACCCACAGCUGGGCUCGGGUGGCCACUGCCGUCCCUGCAUGUGCCCCGACGGCCCGAGCAGCGGACGCCAGUUUUCAGACAGCUGUUACCUCCCGGCUGCCGCGAACCAGCUGGUGUGUGUGUGCAGCCCCGGAUACAAAGGUGCCAGGUGUGAUGAGUGCGCCCCCGGCUACUUCGGGAACCCUCAGGUGCCCGGCGGGCGCUGCUUGCCCUGCCAGUGCAACAGCAACAUCGACAUGCACGACCCGGGGUCCUGCGACGCUCGUACGGGCGCCUGUCUCAAAUGCCUGCAUCACACCGAGGGCUACGGGUGUCAGCAAUGCAGACAGGGUUACCACGGCGACGCGGCCGCGCAGACCUGCUGGAAGUGCACGUGCGACUCGGCGGGCACGUCACCUCGGGCCUGCUCCUCCCCCGGCGAGUGCCAGUGCGACCGCCGCAGCGGCCAGUGCCCCUGCUUGCCCAACGUGGUCGGUCAGAACUGCGACGCCUGCGCCGCCGACACGUGGGACAUGGCGGGCGGGGCGGGCUGCCGGCGCUGCGACUGCGACCCCGUCCACUCCUUCGGGUCCUCCUGCGACGAGGUCACGGGACAGUGUUCGUGCAGACCCGGUUUCGGCGGGAAGACGUGUCGAGAAUGCAGGGAGCUCUUCUGGGGGGACCCGCAGGUCAAAUGUCACGCUUGCGACUGCGACUCUCGGGGGAUCUCCAGCGGGCAGUGCCACCGGGCCACCGGCGCGUGCACCUGCGCGGCGGGCGUGUCCGGCCCGCGCUGUGACCAAUGUGCCCGCGGCCACCGCGGCGACUUCCCCGCCUGCGAACCCUGCCACCGCUGCUUCGCCGCGUGGGACGCGACGGUCGGCGAGCUGACCAAUCAGACGCGCCGCCUGGAGGCCCGGGUGACGCGGCUGCGGGCCAGCCGGGUGACGGCGCCGUACAAAGACUUGUUCCGCAGCCUGGAGAGGAACGCCGACGCCGUGAGAGGAAUAGUGGAGAGAAAGCCGGCGGCGGAGCUGGAGCAGAUCCAGGAGCUGAUGCAGCAGAUCACCGGCGUGAUGUCCUACCUGAACGGAAAGCUGAACACCACGGAGGAGACCGCGAGCCUCCUGCGGCGAGACGCCAACGCCACCGACGCCAACCUGGGUGCGCUGAGCGACGCGGCCGAGCAGCUGCAGCGGACGGUCCGGGAGCUGCAGCAGCGGGUGUCCGACAUCAAGAACGCCAACAUCCAGGGCGCCGCGGACACCAUCGCGGAGGCGCGCGCGCAGUCCGUGGCGGCCGAGCGCAGCGCCAACACCUCCACCAGCGGCCCCGGGAGCUGGGUGGAGCAAUCGGCGGCGCUGCGGAAAGCCGCGGAGGGCAAACUGAGCGGCGCUCGGAAGGAGUUCGACCGCAGGAACCAGAGGAACUCGGAGAAGCUGGACAAGCUGUCGGCCGCGCUGGAGACGCUGGUCCUGUCCCCGCUGAGCGAGGCGACGUGUGGCGGUGCAGCUGAAGGGGACGGAUGCUCCGGCUCCCCCUGCGGCGGUUUGGGUUGCGGCGGCGAGGGCGGAGCGCCUCGGUGCGGCGGGGAGGGGUGCGGAGGCCUCGUCGCCGCCUCCCACGCCGCGCUGACAUCAGCCAGGGACCGGGACCGGCAGGUGGUCGCAGCGGGCCACGAGGUGGACGAGCUCUCUCGGCUGGUGUGGGAGGCCAACAACCGCGCCAACGAGGCCAAGGUGAGCGCUCUGGGAGCGCUGGUCGGAUCCAACCGGAGCAGAGAGAGGGUGGAGCAGAGCAACCAGCAGCUGCGGAGCCUCAUCAUGGAGAUACGGGACCUGCUGAGCGACGAGAAGGCGAAUGUUUCGGUGAUCGAGGCGGUGGCCGACGAGGUGUUGGCUCUGAAGAUGCCGACCUCCACCCAGGAGCUGCGGGAGCUGACGAAGGAGAUCAGGGAGAAGGUGGAGAGUCUGACCAGCGUGGAGGAGAUUCUCAGCCAGAGCGCCGAGGACAUCGGCGCCGCAGAGCUGCUGCUGAGACGAGCCGGGUCGGCCAGUAAGGAGGCGUCCAACACAAAGGAGGCGGCGGAUAAGAUGCAGGCCGUCCUGGACGAGACUGAGCGCGCUCAGAGCGUCGCCACGGACGCCCUCCAACUGGCCCAGAACAACACGAACGCCACCCGGGAGCUGCUGAGCUCUGUGGAGUCGGAGACGGCCGCGUCGGAGCUGAAGCUCGGUAACACAACGGGCCGACUGCUGCAGCUGGACAGGGAGGUGGGCCUGCUACGACAGAACAACCUGGAGGUGAACCGCCGGGUGGAGACGGCCAACCGGACCACCGACCGGGCCCGGCUGGACGCAGCGGAGGCCCAGCAGGAGUUUGACGAGGAGGUGAAGGGGAGACUUGUGACGGUGGAGGACCUGGUGGAGGACAAAGGGGAGUCGGCGCUGCAGGGGAGGACGACAGCGGAGAGACUGCAGAAGGAAGCCAAAGAGCUGCUGGCUCAGAGCGUCAGCAAGCUGCAGAGACUGGAAGAGCUGGAACGCUCCUACGAGGCCAACCAGCUCCUCCUGGAGGCCAAAGCUGCCGAGCUGCUGGAGUUGGAGGUACAGGCCCGCUUGGCGCUGGAGGCGUUCAGCCACAAAGUGAUGCUGUACAGUACCUGUGCGUGAGGGUCACCCAGUGUUCUACAGCUUUUAGGGCCAAACGCUGUAAUACGUAACACGUUAACGCUCCAGUAUUUUGAUCAGCUGAAAUGCUGCCAAUAAAGUAUCAGAAGAAACCACUAAAAGCCGAUGUGACCUCAGUCCUCAAAGCCGAGAAUGUGUAGACAAUAUUAAACUAUUUAGUUGUAUCGGAUAUUCAUAUAGUUUGUAUUUAAAUAUAAUGUAUACUAUUAAGUACUUAAAUAGCCAAAAGUAUUAAACAUUUGCUAAUUCUU